AUGCAUGUUAUGAAUUGUGUCUCCUUGGUCAAUGAUAAAGAAAAUGGAGCAAUUUCAGCUGAAGCUGGAUUAAUGAUUGGCGAUACCAGUGAACCAGAAGAGCGACCACCCCCACCCCCACCUCUUCCUCCACCAUGCUUUUCCAUAGAAGCUGGAUUGCCUUCCUCAGCAGGAGUGCCGCCACCACCACCCCCUCCUCCCCCCAAUCUAAGCAGAUCUUCAGUAUCACAACUGUUAAAUGGACAUGGACAUCUGAGCAAGAAGAAACGAAUACGUAGUUUCUUUUGGAAAACAAUCCCGGAAGAACAAGUCCGUGGUAAAAACAAUAUCUGGACUAUUGGUGCUAAGCAAGACUACCAAAUUGACACAAAGACAAUUGAGGAAUUCUUUGGCCAGCAAGAAGAACCUGCACCAUUAGCAUCUAGAAGCAGAUCUUUAAGAAGAUCAUUUAAAGAUUCCAAACAAGAGAUUAAUAUUUUGGAUGCCAAAAGAAGUAUGAAUAUUGGGAUUUUUCUGAAACAGUUUAAAAAAUCACUUGACUCUAUAAUUGAAGAUCUUCACACUGGAAGAGACCUCUAUAGCUCUGAGACCCUACGUGAGCUUCUUAAAUUAUUGCCAGAAACUGAGGAGGUAAAGAAGUUAAAGGAUUUCAGUGGCGAUCUAUCAAAACUUUGUCAAGCAGAUUCAUUUAUGUAUAUGCUAAUCCAGGUGCCAAACUAUUCCUUGCGCAUUGAAGCAAUGGUGUUAAAAAAAGAAUUUUCUCCAUCGUGUACUUCACUGCAGAAAAACAUGACAAUUAUAAAAAUGGCUACAAAGGAGCUGAUGUGCUGUGAAGAGCUGCAUGCCAUAUUGCACUUGGUCCUUCAGGCUGGGAAUAUUAUGAAUGCAGGAGGCUGUGCUGGCAAUGCAGUUGGCUUCAAGCUAUCCUCAUUACUCAAGUUGGCAGAUACAAAAGCAAACAAGCCUGGGAUGAAUCUGCUUCAUUUUGUUGCUUUGGAAGCCCAAAAGAAAGAUAAAAUUCUUCUAACCUUUUCAGAAAAAUUGCACCAUGUUCAUGAGGCAGCAAGGAUAUCUGUAGAAAGUAUUGAAACUGAACUUCAUUCCCUGUCAUCAAAGACAAAAUCUCUAAAGGAUAAUAUUCGCCGGGACACAGAACUCUUUCGGCAGAUGGAAGGAUUCCUUCAGUUUGCUGUUAAAGAAUUAAAAGAACUCGACCAUUGGAAACGAGAUCUGAUGAAAGAAGCACACGCCCUUAUAGACUUUUUGUGUGAAGACAAAGAGACUAUGAAACUGGAGGAAUGCUUUCAGAUCUUUCGAGAUUUUUGUUUAAGAUUCAACAAAGCUGUUAAGGAAAACAAAGAAAGAGAGGCUCAACAACUUCAGCAACUACAGCGACUUAAAGAGCUGGAGGACAAACGCCGGUCGUGGGUUGUUGGGGAUAUCAGUGCUUUUGGCAGGAGCAGUAGUGAAAAUGAUGUUGGUACACUAACAAAGCGAGGACUUGAAGAAUUCUUACCCUUUUUGCAACAAAGACCCCAAAGUCCUUCAUACAGAAAUACCAGCACAAGACGUUCUCGACAUUCCUUGGGCGUGACUGCAGAAAGAGAACUCUUUACUUUCCUGGGUACCUCAAAAGGGGAAGAUCCGAACAAGUUUAACAGUCUCCCUCAUGAACAUCCUUGCCCAACAAGACCAAAUGUAGCAUGGUCACAAAGUAAGGAGCCUGUGGAUGUCAGCUUCACUCGUUUGCAUUUAGACCAAGGUUCCAAACACAAGGAGUACAGUUACCAGUUUUUACCAUCUCAGGCUCAACAUGUAGAAGAUACUUCCCAUGAUAACCUCUAUAGCAAUCAAGAGAGGUCAAAUGAUGAGAAGUAUAGGUUCAAUGUGCCUUGUAUGGAAUCCAGUGAUGCAGUUUCUUGGGACCCUUCUAUGGAAGAACAUGAACACAUUUCUGGACUGUGUAAGUUUGACUCGCAUGAAACAAAUUAUAUAGAGGAUUCAUCUCCAAUUCAUUUUGUGGCUGGAAUGCAAGGUUUAGAUGCUCAGGAUGAUCGAGCCUUACACUCUCCUGGCAUAACAGGAAAUCCAUCCAAUAGAGAAAAUACUAAUUAUAAAACUGAACAUUCUGCCAAAAUGAUGAGUUAUGUUAAUGAAGCUCUGGAACCUGGUAAUGAUAGCCCCAUAUCUUCAGAUGGUAGUAUUUCAGGAACUAAAACUCAAGGACCAGUUUUCUUUGAAUCAGAUUUUGAAUGUUCAUUGACACUUGAUCUCUCAGAAGAAAGCAGUCCAAAGCCAGGUGGCAAUAAAAUAGAUAACAAAAAUGGUGCUAACUCCUCUUAUAUGAAUGAUCUGCAAACUGGUGACAAUGCCAUCUUUUCUAAUGAUAAAUCUGACUGUAGCAAUAAGCCUAGUUUUCCAAAGGAAAAAUCGGUAAGGAGCAAAGAUGCAUUGGGACCAAAGAGAAAUUCUUUGAAAGACAAAACUUCAGGUAACACAAAAUCCAGCACUGCCUCUCCAAAUCAUCCCAGACCCGUGAGAACUCUGAAUUCAUCAGAGAAUGCAAGCAUGAGAAAAGUUGUACCCAUUUCUAGGUCCACUAAACCAGCAUCUCCUAGUUGCCCCAAAAAACCAGAGACUAAGCCUGCAUCUCGAGACACGGCUGUAGUUGAAACACGUCUGUCACGUCGUAAUUCCGUCCGGGGUAUUAUAGACGCAGCGCCAAAACCUCAAUAUCGGCAGAGUAUAUCGGUAGAAGAGCCAAAAUUUCAGCAUGGAACCUCAAAUUCAAGCAGUGGCUAUUUUGAGAAGGAGCCGCUUCAGCAUAAAGGCUCUUUCAAAAAGCCAAGCUGCAAACCAGUCAGAUAUGUUCCCAAGUCAAAAAAUGAUGAAACAAAAAUGUGCCGCUCCUUGACCAAAUCUCAGGGCCCUGUAGAUGCUAACAAAAGCACAUCUGUCAUAGCUCCCAAGGCACCUGCUCCUGUUCCGAGUUUUGCAAGAAAUACAGUGGCCUCUUCUUCAAAAUGUGCAAAGGUGGAUUUGCCCUCCCCUUCUAGAGCCCCACCUCUCACAAGGUCUUUGUCUCAAAGACUACCUCGAAUGAAAGUAACAGCAGCCUCUGAUGAUUCCAAUCCAAAGGAAAAUGGUGGAAGCACACUGAAAAGAGCCAACAGUGCUAAAAUUAUCAAAAGAAACACUGACAACAGUGAGCUUCUAAGUGUUAAAGCAGAGUCUGUGCUGAGGGAACAAAUAAUAACGGAAAAAUCAGGAUCCCUUAAAUGCAAAGAUGGGAGUCAAAGUACAAUUGGGAAACUAUUGAAUCACUUCUAAAACAUAAAUGCAUUUGUAUCAUUUGGCAAUAUAGAAUGUGAAAACCAGGUUUCUCAUUGCUGACUAUUUUUGUUAUGAAAGAUUCUAAACAGUAAUGCUGUAUUUUGUUAUUCAAUAGAAACUAAGGUACCUUAUGCAAAUCUGAGGGAUGCCUGAAUUGAAUGUAUUUCAAAACUACUGUGAUGGAAUAGCUGUAACUAAGAUCCCUUGUCUUGGGGAGAUAGUACCUCUUCAGGAAUUUUGCAUGCUAAAACUGAUUUCCUCAACUUAGUGUUCUGCCAGACAAGACCUCAACUCCAAGUUGGCUGGCUUGAGAUGAGAUGAACUAAAGUUAAUUACAUGUAAAAAAAUAUUGCAAAGUUGGGGAAGAUUGUGUUAACAAAUGCUUUUAUGCAAUGAAAGGAAAGGAAUUCAGAAUUAGGAAUUACGGCCAGUUGUUGUAUUGUCACUGCUUUUCUGAGAAUGCAGUCCUGAACUUUUUUUUUUUUUUUUUUUUGCAAAAAGUAUGAAAAAUACACAUAGAUCAUUUUAAACACUUGGGUUCAAGAAUAACUGUGUCUGUUGCAGAGUCCAUUGCUGGCAAUUGGACACAUGGAAUUUCUGGCCUACUAAAUUAUAAAAAUGGAACCCUGCUGGCUUUGGAAGGGGUGUGACCGUAACCUCAUCUAAAGAAUAUACAGCAUGUCUUCAGUUAUAUGUGUGUCUUUUAGAAGGAGGGAAACGUCUGCUGGGCAGAAUUUUUAUUCUCCGUGAGUGUAACAGAGCUGCAUUGCAUGUAGAAAUACUGUAGAAUUCUAAAAGGAAUGAUUGGUGUUGGAAUUAGUUGGGUUAGCUGGAAGCCAUGGCUCUCAGAAACCACAAGCAGUACCGUGGUUAGAAAAAAAUGUUUAUGGUUGAUUUGGCUUGUCUCAGUCAUGUGCAAACUUGCCAGCUUUAGGUAUACAUAAGUGCCAUGUUUGUGAUACCUAUCACAAAUGCUGCAGCUUGAAAUCUGCAAGGGAUGCAACCUUUUGCAGAGCAUUUUUCCUAUCAAUUCUGGUUUCCAUUUAUUUUUAAUUAUGCCACUUACUUGAAUUGCUGCUCCAGUUAGGAAAAACCUUCCGUUUUCCUGAUACCACUUUCUUUUAAAAAACAAGUAGGCUUGAAAUGUGCAAAUUUUCUUCAAGUAUGGCAAAAGGCUCUUUUGCCUCAAGUGUUGGUUUUAACACUCCUUUUUAAACUUCACUUAUAGACGUGUGUGUGUGUGUGUGUGUGUGUGUGUGUGUGUGUUAGUAUGUUAGUGUUAGAUAAAUAGUUCGCUGCAUGAGAUAUCAGGUCAGGCUAAGAUACAGAGAAUGAGGAAAAACCUGUUAAUGUAUAUUUUGCAUUCUCCUUGGUCUCUUUCCAAAUAAAUAUUGGGCAGUGAGUUUUAUAGGGAAAGUGGCUAUUCAGCCUCUUCAUUUAAACCAGGGGUCUUCAAACAUACUGGCUAAGGAAUUCUGGGAGUUGAAGUCCACAAGUCAUAAAAGGGCCAAGUUUGAAGACCCCUGAUUUAAACAGCUGCCAUUUUAUUCAUUGAUGAAAUAUUGUUAAAAAGCAAAUAAUGAUAUUAAUAUAGGGGCAAAUAAUGUUAGUUAUCAAGCCAUGUUUUCGACAUUCCCACUCUUUGUUCUAUAUGUACAUCAGGUCCUGUGGAAUUUGCCCAGGCUGACAACAGACAUUGAACGAAUGAACUGAAUAAUUUUACAGUUUCAGCUCAUGAUAUUGUGUUUUUCUGUGACUGAAUUAUUUUUCUCUACCCAGCUUGUUUGCCAAAAUGCCAUCAAGUGUAUAGUUGAGCCACCACUUCAGUAGAAUGGCUGGCCAAGCUUUCUUAUGGUAAAUGCUCUUGGGAUGGUAUCAUUACUUUUGGUUUUAGCAGGUUCUUGAGUUCUCCUUCCUCCAUAAGUAAAAUGCUCUAUCUACAUCAUUUUAUACUCAUCUGCAAAAGCAGGUGGUGGAUUUUUAUUACCUUUUGAUGGUAGUGAUCUUGAAAAGACAAAAUAAUUUAAAUGUUACAUGUUUGGAAACUGUAAGUAAAUUUCUAUAUAAAAGUAUAUGUAAAAAUGAACUGGAUGUAUUUAAUGGACCAUUUAUACAUUUCUGAGUUUAUCUUGCUAGUUUAAUAAAGUUCCCAUUUAUGGGAUUUGUGCUAUA